UGCAAAAGGCUCACCCUGGGCACAAUCUACACAUUUGGAAACCUGACAUCAUACCUGACGUCAUACCUGCACGAGCGGGUGUCGCCUGAGGUGGGCUAUGCCACCACCAUGUGGAUCCCGGCACUGAUGAACAUGGGCCAAGGGGUGAUGCUCACUGUUGGAGGAAGACUGUAUGAGAAGUACGGACCGCGUAUCGCCUGCUUCACCGGCUGCUUCGUGCUCACACUGAGCACGGCGCUGAGCGAGCUGACUGUCCAGUCCGGUGUGGAGCUGCUCUGCCUUACGUAUGGCCUGCUGGGCGGCGUCGGCGUCGGCAUCGCAUACGUCUCGCCCAUGAGCUGCGCCAUGAAGUGGUACCCGCAGCGACGCGGCCUGGUGAACGGCAUCAUCGUGGGAGGCUUCGGCAUGGGCGCCGUCGUCUUCAACUGGAUCCAGACCAGCUACCUCAACCCGGACAACCUGGCCGUCGGCAGCGACAACUUCUUCCACGAGGCGUCCGUGCUGGACCGCGUGCCGUCCAUGUUCCUGCUGCUGGCCGCCGUGUACGCGGUGAUGCAGCUGGGCGGCGUGUCGUUCGUGCAGGACCCGCCGCACCCCUGCUGGGAGAGCGGUCGGGCGGCGACGGCGGCCCUGCUGGCUGACACGGACGAGCCGCCGGCCGUUCUGGUGGAUCCCAAAGACUACGAACUGGUCGACGACGAUGGCAUCAGUGUGGGACUGAGCCAGGCGCUGCGCACGCGCCAGUUCUACCAGCUGUACAUCACCUUCCUCUUCAACACCAUCACCAUCGGCUUCAUCAACCCGCUGUGGAAGGCGUACGGCCAGAAGAACAUCGCGGAUGACCACUUCCUGGCGUUCGUCGGCUCGCUGGCGGCCGUGUUCAACUCCCUGGGCCGUGUGAUGUGGGGCGCCCUCUGCGACCGCACCUCUUACCGGGCGGCCAUGCUGUGCUCCUGCUGCGUGCUGUGCGCCACGUUCGCCACCAUGCAACUGACGCCGAUGGGCGGCCGCUGGAUGUUCGCCAUCUGGGUUUGGCUCGUGUACGUCUCGUUCUCGGCUAACUUCUGCCUGAUCGUGACGGCGGUGGCCAACACCUACGGUCUGCAGCACGCCGGCCCCAUCUACGGCCUCAUCUUCAGCAGCUCGGUCAUCAGCUCGCCGGUGGCCGUCGGCCUGGCCAACAUCUUCCUCUCCAAGCUGGGCUUCCCCACCAUGUUCAUGAUCCAGGCCAGCUUCGUCUGCGUCAGCAUUAUUACGACAAUGACUUUCCGGGAACAGCGAAUCGGUCGACGGAUGCAAUAGUCGCUGCCACCUAGGUCACAUCAAGUGCGACUGAAGUCCAAAACGCGUCUGCUAGAUGUCGCCGCUCGCCUGACCAGGCCGCUGGACCGGCCAGUUCGAGCCGGACUUAAGCUAGCCUCG